AUGGCGGCAGCUUUAUGGCUUGUGCUUGUGGCAUGUGCCUUCCAAGAUGGCUCUGCUGACAUCGACAACAUCUUCCCCAUUCUGUAUUCAAGCAACCCCGUUGCUCAACACACGGCCUGUCCGACUCCAGCUGGCCAAGCCACGGUGUGCCAACUGCAUGGGUAUGAGGAGGGAGGCAGAGCUCUCCAAUACCUCAUCACCUCAUUGCCAUCCAGUGGUGCUUUGUACGAGACUUCGCAGAACUACAGAACAUACGGGACAGACCCGAAGUACGCUGCCACUUCCAUCAAGGACUACGAGCUGCCAUUUAAGGUGACAGAUGCCUUAGGGCGGGUGGUCUACAUUCCGCCUUCCGAUGUUUUCCCACCAGAGGGGCGCUGGGCAGCAAUGACGUACGAAGUCCAGGAGCCGGCUGGAGGAAACAAAUCUGAGCCUGGGCAGGUCUCCUUUAGCAGCCCGUCGCAGCAGGUCGCGGCUUCCACCUUCGUAGGUGGCACAGACGCCUGGACCAUCUCGGGCAACAUCUAUGCUACAGUGCCAACCUGGCAGGCCUUUGGAUGGGGCCUCCUCAAUCGCUACCUCUAUGGCACAGACGAAGUGCAGUAUAUUGACUUCGACACGAGCAGUGACAGGUCAAAAUGGUAUUUCGAAGCGCCGCCAGGAAAGUUCUAUUUGCCUGAACUGGCCACAUCCUAUGGCGGGACUUUGCAGUUCACGAUUGCCAGCACCUACGGUGAUUUCCAACAUCUGAACAGCCCUUUGGAUUUCAUCACCCUGGAGUGCGCAUCGUGCAACAGCGACCGCGGGAUGCGGAUUGUGCGCUUUGCUGAUAAUGGUUUGGAAUGGGCAGGCGAGGAGAAGAUCGUUCAGGUUACCCUUGCGACCGGCAACCAUUGGUGGCGAGACCCCAUGAAUGCAGCGUUGCCCUUCACGGAUGCCACAGAGUGCGAGAUCGGAGCUGCUCCUGGCUCAGUCAGAUUCACGCAGAUGUGCAUUGCACUGCCGGCCUUCGGAAGUAGCAGUAUGAAGCAACGGUUGGCUCCUCUCCGCGCCGCAACUUGGCUCCGAUUAGCCAUCAGCUUCUCACAGCCUUCCGUCGGCAAUGCUAUGGCCUCAACAGUAAAGAAUGCCGAGGCAGAUGGGGUCAGUAGUUCGAGGAUGAACGACUGGCCCGGGGGAACCGACAAGGUCAAGGAGCAGAAUGCGCUGCAAGCGUCCGAGCUGCUCGAUUCCAUCCAGGCGGUGCUUCGGCAACAGGAGCAGCAGAUUCAAGACCUCCUGGUAGAGCAGACCGAGCGAGUGGCAGGAGUGGUCGGCGUCAUGCUGCAUCGAACUGAUGAAGCGACACUGGAGGUUUUCCGGCCAGCAGAGGAAUCGAAAGUUGCACCGAUCUAUUCGAUCACGUCUGUGCAGGAGAGCGUGUUCACUGAAGAUACACAGAGGAAAGGAACGAAAAGCAAGAAUGUGAUGGCGUCACUCAGCGCUUUGCCGUCAGAAAUGAAGGACAUGGCUGAGGAGGAGAACCAUGUGUCCCUGACCAAAGGUCUGAACAGCUGCAUGAAAAUGUGCUGUGGUUCCGCUGCUGAAGCAUGCGCUGCACUACUCAUUCUGACUAAUGCCAUUCUUUUUGGCAUCCAGGCAGACUAUUCAGUGCAGCAGCCCAGCCAUGAGGCACCUGAGUUUUUUCGAGUGGCAAACCUGACAUUCACGGUGUUGUUCACAGCCGAGCUUAUUCUUCGGCUUCGCAUGGAAGGCAGAUAUUUGUUCUCGUGUCAGAACCCGGACAUCAAGUGGAAUAUCAUGGAUGCUGUGCUGGUGAUGUUGGCAAUUGCGGAUGAGAUCAUGACCCGCGUUUUCGCGGUCGUGAGGGAUGCUCCGGAUCCACCUCCAAAUAUGUCCUCUGCUCGCAUUCUACGAUUGCUGCGGUUGGUCCGAGUUGCUCGUGUGCUCCGUGUGCUGCGCUUCUUCUCUGAUCUGAGAGUUAUGAUUCUUGGCGUGCUGAGCUCGCUCAAGGCCUUGAUGUGGGCCCUGAUCCUCCUCUUCUUCAUCAUAUACAUCACAGCAGUCUGCAUCCUUCAGUUCGUGGGCGAAUAUUUGGCGGAUAAUCCGCAGGACUUCCCAAGCGGGCCUUUGGAGUUCGCUGGGCUAUCUCCUUUCUCCUCUCUGCUUACAACCUGCUUCACGUUGUUUCUGACCAUUUCCGGUGGCAUCAGCUGGGGGGAGUUGGCUCCACCACUGAUGAUGGUUAACCCAGUGGUCACUCCCAUCCUGACAUUGUAUGUCGCGUUGGCAACGUUCUGCGUGCUGAACAUUGUCACUGGCGUUUUUGUGGAUCGUUCAGCUGCCAUGGCUCUACAAGAUGAAGAAAACAUGAUGCUGGAAGAGAUACAAAACCGGAAGAGAUGGAUAAAGGAGAUCGAGGCACUGUUUGCAAAGGCAGAUACAGACAACAGCGGCAAUGUUGAGUGGGAGGAGUUUGAGACUGCGUUGGCUGACUUUCGUGUCCAGCUUUGUUUCAAGAACCUUGGGAUCGAUAUCCACAAGGUGAGCUUGGAGCAGAUCUGGCAGCUCAUCGAUUUCGACAACAAGGGCUACAUUGAAAUCAGCGAGUUUGCGGAUUGCCUGCUGGAAAUGCAUGGUGUGGCGCACAGCAUCGACAUUGCUCGGCUGAGGCACGAACAGCAGAGAACUGCACGCAAGCUGGAGCACGUCCUGAGGCCGGAAUCGGUUUGUAAGAAAGAAGCGCUGGCUAGCUGGCUUACGGGCCAGGUGUGA